GAUAGUGCUGGAGACUAUGGAAAUGAGAAAGAGACAGGACAAGGAAUACAAAGUGCGUUAAACCAGGGCAUUGUCAAGCGGGAAGACAUUUUUGUCACGUCCAAAUUAUGGAACACUUGUCAUGCCCGCCAACACGUGCGCCCGGCACUUGAACGAACUUUGUCAGAUUUAGGUUUAACAUACUUGGAUCUAUAUUUGAUCCAUUUUCCCGUUUCUCUUAAACAUGUUCCUUUCGAGGAAAGAUAUCCAGCAGGUUGGUUUUAUAAUCCCGAGCAGCAGGAAAUUGUUCAAGAACAUGUGCCGAUACAAGAGACAUGGCAAGCCAUGGAAGAAUUGGUAGAUGCGGGAUUAGUCAAGAAUAUCGGGGUAUCCAAUUUUCCUAAGAGACUGAUUAACGAAAUCCUGACGUACGCACGCGUCAGACCAGCGGUACUGCAAAUUGAACACCAUCCGUAUUUGACACAAGAAGACCUCGUUGCCUACGCCAAAGGAGAAAAUAUGGCCAUAACCGGAUAUUCUACGUUUGGUGGUAAUAGCUAUGUAGAACUUUCUGAAAAGGCUCGCAAUAGUCCGAACCUGUUAACGAAUGAUCUGAUAACCGAGCUGGCAAGCAAAUAUAAAAAGAGUCCCGGUCAGAUACUUUUGAGAUGGAGCGUACAACGAGGAAUUGCUGUCGUCCCAAAGACUAGUAAAGCAGAGAGAUUGAAGGAAAAUAUUAACAUCUUUAAUUUUGAACUGAGCGAAGAUGACAUCAAGAGAAUAUCGUCAUUGAAUCGGAAUUUAAGAUUUAACGAAAUCGAGAAUGUUACAGUAUAUGUCUAA